AUGUCCGACAAAACGAGCUCGCGCUCCUACUCAUCUACAAGUCAACUACCUACUACCACUCCGUCUGCUAGGAUUCAACCAAGCAACACUCGAUCCUCUAGCACUCCAUCCAGCAGCACCCCAUCCACCAGCACUCCAUCCAGCAGCACCCCAUCCACCAGCACCCCAUCCAUCAGCACUACUUAUGCCAUCACUCUAUCCACUACCACUACGAAAGAUGACUUCUUGACUAUCACAAGCGUGGUUUGGGUUACAGCAUAA